AGGCGUGUAAGCUCAGUGGGGUAGUUCUGACCUUUUUACCCCUAUAGAUCGGUAAAAGAAAUCCCUAAGCUACCGAGGGAGCAGAAUAUGUAUUGCAGUGAUAUGAGACCGUAGAUGCACGGCAGUUUACAAUUUACAUCAUGGCGACCUCACGACUGUCAAAACAAAUCAAUUAACCACUUACCACAUAAUGUCAAGCAAGGGCGCAAUAAAGAAAACUGCAGGGUCGAGUACCGUAUUAAAAACAAAAAACAGACAAGCAGGCGAUGCAUCUUCCGAUGUCUUGGCGUCGCCCAACUCGAAAGACUCAAAACUUACGAAACUCAGAGAUUCGAAGAUACAAAAAACCCCACAGAACUCUUUUAACAAGCUGGCAUCUAGCAGGAUUAGUUCCAUGGAUAAGCCUGUUGGUUCUCAAACCAAAUCAAUCAGGCAAAAUGGUCCUGGAUCAACAUCCAUAUCCAAUACUGCUGCCAGCUCUCCGAGAACUGGAGCCCAGUUGACGAGCAGGACCACAACCUCGGGAGCAAAAUUAGUUAGGCAGAAAAUAGAAGUAGAGAAAAGGCUGAAGAAUGUUCCGCCAGCGGAACGGAAUAAAUCAAAAGAGAAGGCGAGCAAAAGUUACUCGGAGAAAAGAGGAUCAAGUUCGAUAUAUUUGCCAAAAACGAUUAGAAGCUCUAACGCUGCUGCAACUAGAACGUCUAGUCAAGUUAUUGCAUCGAAAACCAGUUCGGUGUCUACUCGCGAUAAGCAGAGAGAAGGAAAAUCGGAGAGUCCUUAUAAAUCAGCUGAGAAGAAGCCUAGACGAACGUCAAGAGAACGCAAAAAAUCCAGAACUCUUAGUCCUAGCGAAAUAAAGAUGUUACACCAGGCUAUGAAGACUGAUAAAGCAGCAAAUGAUAGUCUGUCAAAGAAAGACAAUAACUUGGUAAAAUCCCACGGAGAGCAAAAUCGUACCGCGACAAACGACAAUACUGAUGAUUAUGAAUACGAAGAUGAUUUUGAAGAUUACGAAUCGGACUUUCAAGAGUGUACUGAUAGCGAAGUGUCAAACGUUAGCGAGGAACAGGAAAUUUCAGAGAGUCCUGAACCUGAACCAAUUGAAAUGCAAAGAGAAGAGCAGAUAAAAACGAUAAACAGUGCAGAUGGACGACGGAGCGAAGAGGAGCAUAUGCUAGAUUCUGGUCACUAUGAACUCACAGAGGCUAGAAAACGAGCUGCACGCAUAGAAUCUAUGUCAAUGAAUCAGUCGAAGGCACCACCAUUGCCAGAAUUGAGACAGCCCAUAAAUAAAUCGUAUAGGCAAGAGAAGACAUCCGAAAAUAAGUCAUUACCCCCAUCGUCGACGGACGAAGGUUUUGAGGAUGGGAGAUCUGGAGAUUUUGCUAAAUCUCCACCCGUAUCACAAAUAUCUUUCAUCGAUUUUCAAAAACCAAAAGACGAGAAAGUGCAAAAGAAAUUGCUGUCAAAAUCGAAAAGAGGAGAAGAAUUGUUGAACAUGAUCAAAUUGGACAAUGUCGAAUGGUCUCUCAUUGAAUACACGCCUAUAGCUUAUGAAGAUUUUAUACUGAAUUAUGGACGAUUAAAUACUCAACAGAUCUCUGUACAAACCAACGAAGAUAAUCCCGAAACAGAAACGCAAACCGAGAGUAUCGAAUUUAUAAAUAAAUGGACCCAACAUCCUAUAACGUGUAGAAGAAAUUUGAACAACAGUGAAGACGUGAAAUUGUUUAAAUUGGAACAAAUCGGUGUUGGCGAAGAUACAGACUGUGAUGAAACGAACACACCAAUUGUACCGACUUACGAUAUUCUACAGCUGAAUGAGUUUUUGAGUAAAGCAGGAAAAGUCGUGCUCUCGUUGUUAGAAGAAAAAAAAGUUGGAGGAAACGUACUUCGGUCUAAUUCGCACGAGUUACCCUUCAGCGAAGGCUUCAUUAAGCUUGCCGUUGAUUCGGUAUCUUUUCUAGUUGAUAGAACAGUAUCGCUCCUACAUUACUCAGAGACUUUGAAUAAGAUGUUACUGUCAAUACACGUUCUGAACAGUGAGGGAAUUGAAACUUCGAACAAGGAAGAUUAUCUAACCGACUGUUGCAUCGGAUGUGUUUGGAGUACCUCAGAACCAUCGAGGCCAGUGAAACUCUUUUACUCAUCUUGUUCUAUAACAGCUUGCUGUUUUCACUCGACGAAUUACAACGUCGUAUUUGCAGGCCUAGAAGACGGGUCAAUAAAUCUGUGGGAUCUUAGAGAAGAUGCGAUGUGGCAUCAAAAAGUAACCGAUAAGGUAAAUGAGGUGGACUGGGUGUUGCGAUCACCAACUUACACUACAGCCGACAGUGUCAGUGAUAAUUAUCACAGUUCCGAAAUUGUCGCUAUUCGUGUUGUAUCUUACAUUGAAAAAGACACAUCAAAUGCAAGCAACAACAGACUUGCACCGAUUCAGAUUUGCACUUUAGACGAAGAAGGAGAGUUAAUUGUUUGGAGUGUAUUAUACACCAUGGGAAUUCGCACGGAUGAUUUAGGAUUGGCUCACUGGGGUGACAUUAGACUUCAGAAAACCCAACAGAUUGCAAUAAACACUAGAAGGGAUAAACUGGAAAAGAUUUACACCGGCUAUUUUGAUAUGCAUGUUGAUAGCGUUGAUACUAACAAUCUAUUUCUCGCUACUAAUACCAAUAGCAUCUUGCAUGCAACGUGUAUUGGCAACAAAGUUGCACCCAACAUUUACCGAGGGAAUGAAAUUGAAUUCUGUGGUGGUACUCGAUGUAUUGAAGGAUGUCCUUUCAAACGAUCGUACUUUCUGGUGGGCUGUGACGAUGGCACUAUACGACUUCAUUCGCUGAAGAUUGAGCGAGCUCUUUUGCAAUUAAUUGACGAUGAAUGUAAAAACCCAGUUAAAUCUGUACAGUGGUCAAAAUCCAAGCCGUUUACAAUUUUCGUUUUAGACAGUGCCUCCAAAAUCCACAUAUGGAACCUGAGCAACAGUGAUAUAUAUCCUAUGUAUACCAUUUCAACAAAGAAAUGGGGAUACGUAACAAGUAUGCAAUUAUCCCCAUGCAAAACUGAUCACGAUUUGAUCAACCAAUAUUUGGCUCUUGGAACGGAUAAUGGUCGGAUUGAGAUUCAUAAGUUGAAGAAGGAUUUCUGCUACAGUCAAAGAAAUGAAUCCGACCAGGAGCUCGAAACGUUUUCAAGAUAUGUAGAUAUUUUGUAGUUGCUAGUCAAAUUUUAACUCCAGGUAAUGUACGAUAGGUAUGUUUUCAACAAAAACCGCCUCUUCUAAUUUUUUAUUUAUUGAAUCGAUUUAGUCGAUAGAUCGAUUUCAAAUUAUUCGCGAAUAUCAGGUACGUAAAAUCGUUAGGAGUUGAGUGCAGAAAAUCAUGUUCGAAUCACGCGUCGUUGCCGUCUGCAACGAAUGUUGGAUGGAUAAUUACUCAAAUAUAGUUUAGAAUAUAUACAUACGUAUAUGACAAUCUUUAUACCUAACGAAUUGUAAGACUGGAUAUCGGCUAAACUUUAGAAUGAAUCUUUGAUUUUUAUUAUUUAAUUUAUUGUAAUUAGUGCAAUGAUAAUGAAAUAUCAUGUCUCGGGAAUCGUAGGAAUUGCGACAAUUAUGUACCGAACAUAUUCUUAAGUAAAAGUUAUGUACUAUAAAAAGUGGUCAUAACAUCGAUUUAUGCACGCCAUGUCCGAUAAACCGUGUUCCAAUGAUAUGGGUCCAAUAUCAAUCUUUGCAGUUCGCAUAUAUCUAUUUAAAAUCUGAUUAAUGUUCUUUUAUGAAUUGUUGAAUUCCCCAUGUCGGGCCUGUGUAAAACACUAAUGUAAAACAAAAAUACUAAUCACUGUUAUACCUGCGAGUUCUACUAAGAGCUCCGAAUAUCACUCCGUCCAUUAAGCACAGUUCUUAAUACAAAAACUGUAGAUAUUAGUUAAGAAUAGCUGUAAAAUAAAAUCAC